UGGGUUAAAGGCGGCCGAGUUGGGGGCAGGAGACGCCAGCGUGCGGUCCCUGAGUCCCGGGGACGCGGCGUCCACCUGCCAAGGGCGGCGCCGGGGCGGGGCUGAGAUGCGGCGGGAGGUGACGCACGAGCCACACUGAUCCCCGGCUCCCGCCCGGCGCCCAGCCAGGCCCCGACCCUGCAGGCAGGCGCCCGCCGCCCCUCGGUUAAAAAUGGUCUCCAGGAUGAUCUCUGUCACACUUGCUGGCCUAUUGUUCUGGCUGGCAUUUGGCUCCCUGCCAGCAUCUGCAUAUAGCCCUCGCACCCCUGACCGGGUCUCAGAAACAGACAUCCAGAGGCUGCUUCAUGGCGUCAUGGAGCAGCUGGGCAUUGCCAGGCCUCGGGUGGAGUAUCCAGCCCACCAAGCCCUGAACGUUGUGGGCCCACAGAACAUCGAAGGAGGAGCUCAUGAAGGUCUACAGCACUUGGGUCCUUUUGGCAACAUUCCAAACAUUGUGGCCGAGUUGACUGGUGACAACAUCCCUAAGGACUUUAGUGAAGAUCAAGGCUACCCAGACCCUCCAAAUCCAUGUCCAGUUGGAAAAACAGUAGAUGAUGGAUGUCUAGAAAACACCCCGGACACAGCAGAGUUUAGUCGAGAAUUCCAGUUGCACCAGCACCUUUUUGAUCCAGAGCAUGACUAUCCAGGCUUGGGAAAGUGGAACAAGAAACUCCUCUACGAGAAGAUGAAGGGAGGACAGAGACGGAAGCGAAGGAGUGUCAAUCCGUAUUUACAAGGACAGAGGUUGGACAACGUUGUUGCAAAGAAGUCAGUGCCUCACUUUUCAGAGGAAGAUAAAGAAUCAGAGUAAAGUGAAGACAUAGGUGGAAACUACCCGGAAGCGAGGCAUUGGUGUUGCUGUGUGCAUGUGCAUCAUUAUUCAAGCCUCUGUGAGUGGCAGCAUGUUUCUCAUUUAGACAAGUAUGGAUGAAAAGCAGCUGUAUUUUGAUAUUGCCCUGUCUUUUCACUGAUAGCUCUGCUUUCUGCUAAAUUAGGAUAAGAGAUUCUCCCCCCGCCUUUUAAAUAUGGAGUUGCCAUGAGCAUUAAAAUUAAAGUGUGUAUGUCAACAGCUCUAAAAAGCAAAACAAUGAAUGAAAUGUCCUCAGAUUUCUUGCAGUUUAAAUGGUGAUUUGCGUUUUACUGUUUUAGCCAAGUCUGUAAAAAGCCAGCAUUUGAUUUUGAUUAUGUUGUUCAUCUAGCCCUUGGGUGUUGUUACACACCAAUAAAGAAAGUUGUGCUCCAGAAAUGUGGACACAUUUCACUGACUGCAUUUUAAUAAAUGUGAUUGCAAGCA